CAAUAUUUUUUCAUGCAUAAUAAUUUUCCUUCUAUCCAAUCACAUCUCGCCGGUUUCAGUAUUGAAUAAAUAUGAUCGUUKAAGGAGUUUGUGUUCACAACCCCAACCAUUUCAAAGCAGAUUUCAGAUAUGGAGUUCAGUUCGCAAGAAUGGCAAUCGCGUUUAGCCAACCUUUUCAAUUCUUCCAUCCCAGAUAUUCAGGAUCAGGGACCUUCUUUGAACGAUCACAACGUUGUUGAAAACACUGUUGUUCAGCAUCAAGAGGUUCCUAACACUUUCGAAACAUUAGAUCUUGAAAUGAUUGCUGAUCCAUCCGCCGAGCUUUAUCAACUUGAUGAAAACAUAUUGAGUGGAGCGAAUGCGGUCUGCGCACCACAAGAGGAACAACAAAACAGCAAAAGAUUCCAUUGCGAUCAAUGUGAUAAAACGUUCGCCCAUGACAGUGCGCUGAAACGACAYAUUCGUCAGAAGCAUCAAAUGACAAGUAAAAUGAGUUGUUCCAAAUGUGGAAUCAAAAUAUCCAGGCGCGACAAUUUAAAAAGACACGAGCUGAAAUGUAUUAAGGGAAAAAGACGUUCAGAAGACGAUGGCAGUCAAGCUGAAAGGAAAAACACCCGAUCAGAGCAAGAAGUAAUUGAAUACGAGUUGGCAAAUAUCCCUCAAGAAAUGUACAACAGAUACGAUGGACCAUGGUUGAAUGAUGAAGAUUUGGAGAAUUUACAAGUUGGUGGUGGAGACGAAGAACAAGAGGAAUGCGCUCUCGAACAAAAUGCGACUGUAUUCAAAUAUAUUCCCAACAAACACGAAAAAACGGAUUUACUCCUCACCCUGCAAGGAAAAAAGGAAAAGAUUAUAAAACAGAUCCAAAAACAACUCAAAAAGCAUCGAGGUAUAAAGUGGUCCCUAUGUUCCAAAGUGAGAAUGAUCAAAUCAGCACCCGAAGGAGAAGACCACAUUGCUACUCCACAUUUCCGAAGCCGGUGUCAAACCACCACCGAUCCUCACACUUUAGAACACCAAUACAAUGAAGCUAUGGAAAAAAUGAAAAACUCAUUCCUCGAGUACCAGAGAGAGGGCAGCGGCUGGCAACUGGAUGAGGUUCUCCACUUGGAGUUGAAUGUUGUGACAUACAACCCACUUCAUGGCUCAAGCUAUCUUCCCCUUCCCAAGAGGAUUAAAGACAAAAAAGCGAUCCUGAACAUCCAAAAUGAAGACCAGAAAUGUUUUCUGUGGUCGGUGGUGGCAGCACUCCAUCCCGUCCAAAGGUCCGCUMACCCWCAWYGUGUUCAYCACUACARAAAGUAUGAACACGAGCUCAACAUGGAGGGAGUAGAUUACMCAGUUCAAGUCAAGCAAAUCUCUAARGUUGAACGUCAGAACAACAUCAGUAUCAAUGUCUUUGGUUUCGAAGACAAUGAACUGUUCCCGCUUUACAUUACCAAAGAAAAACAAGUAACGCAUAUUAAUUUACUAUUAUAUUCAUAUGAAGAUAAGAGACAUUAUUGUCUCAUCAGAAAUUUUAGUAGAUUAAURGGUAGUUUAACAAAUCACGACGGAGAACGAUAUUACUGUGUCUACUGUUUGCAUGGUUUUGUCCGGCAAGCUUUGUUGGAAGACCACGAAYCCCGCUGUGGUCGGCAUGGACCCCAACGGAUUCGGUUGCCAGAUGAAGACCACGCAACGUUGUCGUUCAAAGAGGUACAGAAGCARCUCAAAGUCCCUUGCAUCAUUUAUGCAGAUUUUGAGUCUAUUUUAGUCCCGUGUGCUUCUUCCCCUUUGGAYGAUAACAUGAGYGGAACACAGAAAACHCARCAUCAUCAGCCCUGUGGGUUUGGGUAUGUUGUGGUCUCCACUGUUGAGCAGUUAAACCAAGCUCCAGUGAUUUAUAGAGGGAAAGACUGUGUCGAUAGGUUUUUGCAGUGUUUGUUAGAGGAAGAAAAACGGAUUUCAGCGGUUCUUGAGCAGGUGGCUCCCAUGAUCAUCACAGAGGAGCAGSAGUGUGAAUUUCAAAAUGCCACUCAUUGUCACAUUUGCAAUCACCUGCUUGGGGCCGAUAGAGUUCGCGAUCACUGUCACGUGACCGGAUAUUACCGUGGCCCCGCCCACAAUGAGUGCAAUUUGAACUACAAGUUUUCUGGGAAGCAUCCUGUAAUCUUUCAUAACCUUAGAGGGUAUGACGAGCAUCUGUUUUUAAAUAGUUCUUUGGAACGUCUAGUGGAUAAUCUCAGCAAAGAGGGCGUAGAAAAAUUUAAGACAUUGGAACGGUAUGUGGACGAGGACAAGGUUYCUCUCCUCUUGCGCAAGGGCGUUUAUCCUUACGAAUAUUUAGAUUCCUUUGAAAAGUUUGAAGAACCUCARUUGCCUAGCAUAGAUUGUUUUUUCAGCUCGUUGACCGGAAGUUCUGUCUCUGUACCUGAUUACGAGCAUGCUCAAGAGGUCUUUCACACUUUUCAGUGUCAGAAUUUAGGUGAUUACCAUGAUUUGUACUUAAAGUCGGAUAUUCUCCUKUUGGCCGAUGUUUUUGAGAAUUUUCGCCUAAUCUGUCUAGAAUGUUAUCAGUUGGAUCCAGGUCACUUUUUCACGGCUCCCGGUUUGUCAUGGGCUGCCUGUUUGAAAAUGACAGAGGUCGAAUUAGAACUCUUAAGAGAUCCGGAUAUGUAUCUGUUUGUAGAGGAAGGUUUGAGAGGGGGGAUAAGUCAAAUCACUCAUAGGCAUGCUCAAGCAAAUAACCCUUAUCUACCAAACUAUGAUCCUGAAAAACCACAUAAUUAUAUCAUGUACCUCGAUGCAMACAAUCUCUAUGGUUGGGCAAUGUCUCAGUCUCUCCCAGUCAACAAUUUUGAAUGGUUGGCCCCUGGAGAAAUAGAGAAGCUAGAAGAAACCAUCACCACGACUCUCCCUGGAGAUGGAACAGAGGGAUUCAUCCUUGAAGUCGACCUUGAGUAUCCUCAACACCUUCACAACCAACACAAUGACUACCCACUGGCUCCAGAAAAACUGAGAGUCCCCGAAGAGUGGUUGUCRCCGUAUGCUGUCCAACUCCAAGACGAUCUGCAAAUGAAAUAUGUCCCAACGRCGAAACUCGUUCCUAAUUUACAUCACAAAGAACGCUAUGUGCUCCACUACAGAAWCCUCCAACUCUAUCUCUCUCUGGGGAUGAAAUUAAUCAGAAUCCAACGAGUGCUAAGAUUUAACCAAUCUCCCUGGUUAAAAACCUACAUCGAUUUCAACACUGAUAAGCGAAAACAUGCAAGAAACGACUUUGAAAAGGAUUUCUUCAAGCUCAUGAAUAAUUCUGUUUUUGGGAAAACCAUGGAAAACCUAAGAAAAAGGGUCAAUGUGAAACUUGUAAACACCGUCAAGCAGUUGAAGAAAYUAUCAGCAUCCCCCUUGUUUGACUAUUUUCGUAUCUUUGAUGAAGACCUGGUGGGUGUUAACCUGAGAAAACCGUCCCUCUAUCUCAACCGUCCCAUUUACGUGGGAUUCGCCAUCCUCGACCUGUCUAAAGUCCUCAUGUAUGACUUUCAUUACAAUUACAUCAAACAGAUCUAUGGRGAGAAAGCGAAACUUCUUUUCACGGACACCGAUUCACUGUGCUACGAUAUCAAGACCGACGACAUCUAUGAAGAUAUGAAUCGGGACUUGGAUCUGUUUGACACCUCAKACUAUCCCAGAAACCAUACUCUACACAGCACUCRCAAUAAAAAAGUGAUAGGAAAGAUGAAAGAUGAAACCCAUGGUAUUCCCAUURAAGAAUUUGUGGGUCUGCGCCCMAAAAUGUACUCYCURCAAUACCAUGAAAAUGGGUGUGAGRUGGAGAAGAAGACGGCCAAGGGAAUCUCCAAGAAUGUGACCAAGAGGGACAUCCGUCAUUCCCACUAUAGAGAUUGUUUGUUUAGUAAGAAGCGAACCAUUAAUAAYAUGAAACAGUUAAGAAGUUUCAAACACCAAAUUUAUACCUUAAACAUGAAUAAGAUAGGACUUAGUCCAUAUGACGAUAAGAGAUAUAUCUUAGAGGAUGGAGUGACCACCUUAGCUUAUGGUCAUUACUCCAUAACAUAA